AUGAGUCCGCCGACCGCUCUGACCCCCAGGGUGUCCUCUGACCCCGGGCCCCCCAGCGGCAACUGCAGCAACAUCACCUUCUUGCGGGAAGAUGGCGACCCGGUGCUGAGCUCGCUGAUGUUCACGGCGGGCGUGGUGGGCAACGUGGCAGCCCUGGCCAUCUUGGGGGUCCACCGGAAGGAGCUGCGGACCAAGACCUCCUCCUUCUGCAUCCUGGUGACCGGCCUGGCCCUCACGGACCUCCUGGGCACUUGCAUCCUCAGCCCCGUAGUCUUUGUGGCCUACUCACGCAACGCCACUUUGCUGGGGAUGGCAGACAGCGAGAGGUGGCUGUGCAACCUCUUUGCCUUCGCCAUGAUGUUCUUCAGCCUGGCCGCCAUGAUGAUCCUCUGCACAAUGGCGGUGGAGCGCUGCCUGGCCAUCAGCUACCCUUACUUCUACUCGCAGCACAACGUCCGCCGCUGGACGAAGCUUGCUCUGCUCUUCAUCUACACCUUCAGCACCUUCUUUUGCGCCUUGCCAUUCUUGAAGGUCGGGAAAUACAAGCAGUACUGCCCAGGGACGUGGUGCUUCGUCCACAUGGACAAGCGUCAUGAUGUGGCCUUCUCCCUGUCCUAUGCCACCUUCAUGGCCCUCCUCAUCCUCGCCAUCUUCCUUUGCAAUGCCCUGGUGAGCAUCAGCUUGUGCCAGAUGUACCUCAAGCAGAAGGCCCGCCGCCGUGGCUCCAUCAACGUGGCCCAGCGCCGGCGCAAGAGCUGGUUCAGCCGUGGGGAAGAGGAGGUGGACCACCUGGUCUUGUUGGCACUCAUGACGGUCAUCUUCGUCAUCUGCUCCUUGCCUCUCACGAUCAGAGCCUACAUUGGCGGCAUUUCUCCCGAUGGCCAAGAGACACGGGACAUGCUGGCCUUCCGCCUCAGCGCACUCAACCCCAUAGUGGACCCGUGGCUCUUCAUCAUUUUCCGCAACUCCGUCUUCCGCAGCAUCAGGGACUUCGUCUGCUGCCGCCUGGGCUGGCUCUCUCUGCCCAGGACGCGGAAGGCCUCAGACAAGGUGGUGAUGCAAGACGGCGUCUCUUUCCAAGGCACCUGUGUCUGCUGA